AGGAGUCAUCCAUAUAUAGAUGAAUAGUACCAGUGGCGUCUAGGAGGAAGACGGGGAGUGACUGGGGUGGGGAAGAAGAGUUGUCACAAUAGAAAGAAUCUUGGCAAAGCAAAUGAGUAUAAGAAACCAACGAUUCUCUGUUCUUAAACAACCCAUAUUUUCCACACUUAAUCAGCAUUUUAUAGAUUAUCCAACCCCGAGCAAUAUUAGUUAUUGGUGGGGAUUCGGUUCGUUAGCUGGGAUUUGUUUAGUCAUUCAGAUAGUGACUGGCGUUUUUUUAGCUAUGCAUUAUACACCUCAUGUGGAUCUAGCUUUCAACAGCGUAGAACACAUUAUGAGGGAUGUUGAAGGGGGCUGGUUGCUCCGUUAUAUGCAUGCUAAUGGGGCAAGUAUGUUUCUCAUUGUGGUUCACCUUCAUAUUUUUCGUGGUCUAUAUCAUGCGAGUUAUAGCAGUCCUAGGGAAUUUGUUCGGUGUCUCGGAGUUGUAAUCUUCUUAUUAAUGAUUGUGACAGCUUUUAUAGGAUACGUACUACCUUGGGGUCAGAUGAGCUUUUGGGGAGCUACAGUAAUUACAAGCUUAGCUAGCGCUAUACCUGUAGUAGGAGAUAGCAUAGUGACUUGGCUUUGGGGUGGUUUCUCCGUGGACAAUGCCACCUUAAAUCGUUUUUUUAGUCUUCAUCAUUUACUCCCUUUUGUUUUAGUAGGCGCCAGUCUUCUUCAUCUGGCCGCAUUGCAUCAAUAUGGAUCAAAUAAUCCAUUAGGUGUACAUUCAGAGAUGGAUAAAAUUGCCUUUUACCCUUAUUUUUAUGUAAAGGAUCUAGUAGGUUGGGUAGCUUUUGCUAUCUUUUUUUCCUUUUGGAUUUUUUAUGCUCCUAAUGUUUUGGGGCAUCCCGACAAUUAUAUACCUGCUAAUCCGAUGCCCACCCCGCCUCAUAUUGUGCCGGAAUGGUAUUUCUUACCCAUCUAUGCCAUUCUUCGUAGUAUACCCGACAAAUCGGGAGGUGUAGCCGCAAUAGCACCCGUUUUUAUAUGUCUCUUGGCUUUACCUUUUUUUAAAAGUAUGUAUGUACGUAGUUCAAGUUUUCGCCCGAUUUACCAAGGACUAUUUUGGUUGCUUUUGGCGGAUUGCUUACUACUAGGUUGGAUCGGAUGUCAACCUGUGGAAGCACCCUUUGUUACUAUUGGACAAAUUCCUUCUUUUCUUUUCUUCUUGUUCUUUGCCAUAACGCCCAUUCUGGGACGAGUUGGAAGAAUAAUUCCUAAUUAUUACACGGAUGAGACUGAGACCACCUGAUCAGUGUAAAAUUCUUAUACCAAUAAUUGACGAGUGAGUAUUACACCAAUAAUUGACAAGCGGAUUCGUUUUUUCUAGUUGGCUAUGUUGAUAUAGCUUAGAUAGGGAAAAGAAAGUCUACUAUACUAUAGGGUAAGGGUGAACUUUCAAAUCCGGUUGUUCCCGAAACUCCCCGUCCCUUACUCGUCUUUUGAAAGCAAGAACAUUCGCAUAGAAGAGUCUCUGUAUCAUGCAUGCUCCUCCACUUUUGAAAAAAAAAAA